CCUUCUGUUGGCUUUAACCUCUCCUACUCUUGACAUCUGAGUAGCUCUGCAAAAGCUCAUCUUAAGCACUAUACACUGUUUAAGCAAAGGAGACAGGCCACCAGGCUGAAGACCUGGAUUAUCUGAUCUGUACUUUUAAGUGUGUCGUUACUGGGAAAAAUAUCAUUUUACAGUGAAAAGUGACAGCGUUGUGGAGUUUAAACCUUUCAAAUUUUCCUGCCUACAACUUGAAACUUGCAUGCCAUGGAACACACAUUAUUUGGCUGCCUGCGCAGCCCUCAUGCCACAUCCCAAGGCUUGCACCCCUUUACCCAAUCUUCCCUUGCACUCCAUGGAAGAUCAGACCACAUGUCCUAUCCUGACCUGACUACAUCUUCAUCUUCCUGCAUAAUAGCUGGUUAUCCAAAUGAGGAGGGCAUGUUUGGAAGCCAGCAUCACAGAGGGCAUCACCACCACCACCAUCACCAUCACCACCAUCAGCAACAGCACCAAACUUUGCAACCUAAUUGGCACAUUCCUCAGAUGUCAUCUCCACCUGCCUCCUCAAGGCAUAGUCUUUGCCUUCAGCAGGAAUCUGGACCUCCAGACUUAGGAAACAGUCCCCCUAUUUUGUGUCCCAACACAUCUAGCUUGGGCACCAACAACUCCACUGGCGCAUCAUGUGUGACAGGGGAUUAUGGCAGGCAGACCCUUUCCCCUGCUGAAGCAGAGAAGAGGGCAGGUAAACGAAAAAGUGACAGCUCAGAUUCCCAGGAAGGAAGCUACAAGACAGAUGUAAAUAGUAAACCUCGUAAGGAAAGAACAGCAUUUACAAAAGAACAAAUCAGAGAGCUGGAAGCUGAAUUUGCCCACCACAACUACCUGACUAGAUUGAGAAGAUAUGAAAUAGCAGUAAAUUUGGAUCUCACUGAAAGACAGGUCAAAGUUUGGUUCCAAAAUCGAAGAAUGAAAUGGAAGCGUGUAAAAGGGGGUCAGCAAGGAGCAGCGGCACGAGAAAAGGAAUUGGUAAAUGUGAAAAAAGGAACUCUUCUUCCGUCAGAGCUCUCUGGAAUUGGAGCAACAACCCUCCAACACACAGCUGAUUCUCUAGCCAAUGAUGAUAGCCAUGACAGUGAUCAAAGCUCUGAACAUGCACACUUGUGAUUCCAAAAAACUAUCAAUGUGUUUGUUGCUCAGGAAAGAAAUGCCGUAUUGCAAGACUUAAAUACAAACAUGAAGACUCUAGGGAAAAAAACAAAAAACAUUUUGUAUGCUCUCAGCUAAAACCCUGUUAUUUUUCUUAAAGAAGAUUUGCAUUAAAUGUCACAUUAAUUUGUUAAUGGUGCAUUGGUUACUAUAAUGAAAACGGAACUAAUUUGGAACAUUCCAAUACUGCUGAGGCUGAUAACUAAGCAAUAAUUCUUGCUUUAGCUUGCACUGGACUCUACUUAAAAACAACUAACUUUGGUCAUUUGUUGAAAAAGAAAGAACAGUGGUAAAAUGAAUCUCUAUAAAACAAAUAAACUAUUUAGCUCUGUAAAUAACUCUUUAGCAUUUUCCUGAUAAUGUUGUUGCCAUAAAAAAAUCUGCAUUAGGAACAAUCUUAUGCCUGGAUUCCAGUCUUGCAGAGAACUCACAGAAGAAUAUUGGAAAGCGGUUUGGGUGUUUUUUUUUUUUUUUUUUUUUUUUUAAAUGAUCAAUUUCAAGCUAUUCCAAUAAAUCAGGGAAUCAAAUCAAAUUGGGGAAAAACACAAGUUAUUUCAUUUUUUUUUCUCUUCUUGUUCCCUAAUUGGCUAACUGCAAAAGUAAAUUUAAAAAAAUCAAUACAAGAAACAGGGGUAUCAUAUGAGUUUUUAAUAGGUCUUCACAAAAGUGAAUUAUAUGGAUCUAAAAUAAAUUGAGACAUGGCAGAGAAUUAAUUUAAUAUUGAUGAUGACUGACAUUUUUAAGCCUCCAAAUACAUAAACGAACAUUUAAAUGAUUGUAGUUAAUAUGUGUACAAGUAUUAUAGGUUUUUUUUAAAAAAUGAUGGGCUACAUGACAAGUCACUUGCAACUGAUAAUGCAUGGCAUGAAAUUUAGAGCUCAACCUCACUCAACCAAUAACCUACAGUCAGGUAUUAAAAAUAGUUGGCUUAAAUUUUUAACCAAACCAGUUUGCGCCCAUCCAAUAAUUACAGUGGGAAAGGUAAUAGCUUGUUCAUUGCAUUAUAAGUCAUCAGUUAAAUGUUGCACUUGUGACAGUCCAAAAUACCCCUGUUCCUUUUAACACUUUAAAAAAAAUUGCUGUUAUUGUUUUGUGUUGUGUAUUCAAAAACACAGAGGGACAGAUUACAAGUGGUGUGUUAAAUUACUUUUUGGCUUGUGCGCUCAAAGUUAAAAUUUAUUGUGGCUGGUUUAGUAAUUUUAUUACAAGUUGAAAGUAAAAAAUUAGCAUGGGAGUGAUAGACUGAUGUGUGCUAACUUCAGGAUUUCAGAUAAAUUGACCAUGCUAAAUCCCCCCCCCCCCCAUAGACUUCGAUGAGGCACGCUGUAAAAAAAUCCUAACAGUUAUCACUCACUUGCUAACUGGAAACCGCAUUAGACCAACUGUGCUAAACCCAAAGGGAGUUUGGUUUAAAAUACUUUAAAUUCCUAUGUUCUUCACAUAAUUUAUUUUUUAUUUUUAAAUAUAUAUAUAUAUAUAUAUAUAUAUAUAUACACAUACAUAUACAGACAUAAAUAGAGACAGCUAUUUUGUAUAUACAGAUAUAUAAAGAAAUAUCUAUUUAAAAAUAAAAAUAUUUUUUCCUAUGUGAAGAACAUAGGAAUUUCAAGUAUUUCCAUUAAAAACACAUUAAAACACAUUGAAAAUGAAUACAUAUUAUAUUGUAUGUUUCACAGUAUUUGACUGGAAAGGGCUCCAAAGUGUAUAUAUUUGUCUCUAUAUAUGUAUAUGUGUGUAUUUCUGAAUGUAUAUGUGCGCAUACAUAUUUAUAGCUCAUCAAUAAAUAACUGGAUAAAAGACAA